AUGCUUGCCGUUUCCAGGAAAUUACCGCUUUUCGUUGGCGUGGUGCUCGUCUUCACCACUUUCAUUCUGACCAUCGUGGCCACGGCCGGGUCCACGUCCAACUACUCGCCCAUCAAUCACGUGUACAUGGGUGAGGCAGACAUCUCGCGCAUCAACGUCACUAAGGUGAUUCCCGAGACGGGCCCUGUGCUUUCGGUGCUGGCUGGGCUGGUCAACAGCCCCUCCCAAAACCAGUCCAGCGGCGACUCGGUCGCGUCGGUUUUUGACGCUUUGAAAUUGGUCGCCAACACGCCAGCGUUGAAACCGCUCUUGCAGCUCCUGGCCAACAGCAACAACGUGUCACAAACCGUGGCCGCUUUGGCCGUGGUCGCCCCCAUGAUGUCGCAAACGAGCAAUUCGUCGUCGUCGUCGUCCCAGGAAUUCGCCCUCAUUGGCCAGUUGGUGCAAAACUCACAAAACGCAUCUGCAACUUUGGAAGGCAUGGCGCUCUUAUUGCAGUCGUCCAACUCUAGCGAUCCCACAAUCCAGCGCGCCGUCUUUGGCCUCUUGAACGACUCCCAAAACGCCACUGCCUCCGUGGACUCUCUUGCUACCCUCCAGAACCAGUCCGCUGCGGAUAAGGCCCAGCUAAUGCCGGUUUUCUCUUUGUUCCAGCAAUCUUCCAAUGCUACUGCCACCAUGGGAGCGUUGGGAACCUUGAUGUCGGCCAAUAUCUCAGCUGACAUGUCGGCUUCUCUGCUCCACGCUUUGCAAACUGGCGGUUCUAAUGCACAAGCAACUUUGACCCAAGUGGCCAGUUCCGUGCCAGACUCGGUACGCCCUGCGAUCCUAGCGGUUGGCACAUUACUUAAUAACACUCGCGAUUCCAAUCAAACGCUCUCAACCCUAGAGGGCUUGCUACAACGCAACGUCACCUCAUCUCCUUCCGCUCAUCAAUCCUUUAAUGCUUUGACCUCAUUGAUGAGAUACUCGUCCAACCAAACUUUGGUUCUGACUUCGGUUGCUACUCUUGCUAACUCGACGAAUGCCGCCAACGCGGCUCAAUUGACCGGCCUACAGGAAAUUUUGGAUUCGUCUACCAACUCGUCUAGCACUCUGAAUGUGUUGCAAACAGUGCAAUCUUCAAAUUCAUCUUCAAGCUCUCAAGAUUUGUCGCCCGUAUUCAGCUUACUGGGCGAUUCCAAAAAUUCGACAGCCACACUUCAAUCGGUCAUGCAGCUCAUGCAAGCUGUCCAGUCCAACAGUACCGCAUUCCAGCCUUUGCUCCAGAUCUUGAGUCAAACCCAACUGGGAGAUACUGAGAUCACACAAACAACGUUGGACACUAUGAUGCCAAUGGUCAUGGACAAUUUGAAUGUAAAUUCACAUUACAGAUUGGCAAUUUUCACGCUGUGUCGCGGACUAAGCGAUGGUAAGAUACAACAAUGCAGCUCUUCACACGCAGUUCAAUCAUUUGUUUUGAGAGAUAUUUUAUAUGAUGAGUUGGAGAAAUCGGACUUCAAACCGUACAUGCAAGCCUUGGAUGUACAGAAGAAUGACAUGUAUCUAGAAGGAAAAUUGCAAGAAAAGGAAAAAUCGUAUGUUCCGGCUGUUCGUGCGGUUUUAGCAUUUAAUUUGUUGACAAUCAUUUUGUCGUUUUUCCUAAUCAUUUUGAUGUUGUGCGUCGCUUUAAUGAAAGACACGAACAGCAAAUCCAAGUUCUGCAUGCUAACUGGCGCUAAGGUAUUGGCUUUCCUCGUAUUCAUUUUCGCUUUGCUUUCUGGUGCUAUUGUCGCAGCUUUCGUCAACAUCAUCAAAAGAGACACCAAAGCGGAUGACUACAACGUUAUGUUUACCACUGGUUCUGCCUAUGCAGGACUAAUCUGGACUGGCUUUGCUCUUGCGUUCAUCACAUUUGUCUUGCUGUUUUUCGUGAAGGUUAAUAGGAAAAAAGAUUCUUCGCAUCUAGACGAAGAUGCAUCUGCUGGGGCCACCACAGAAUCGGAUGAAAAACGUAAUGCAGCUAUUGCAAGCGAUGGAAUUUCGCCUCAUGUCUCUUAG